UCUGUGAGGCUGGUAUUCUCCCGCUAGCUGUCUGCUCUAAAUAUGGCCAUGGCCAGUGUGUCAAUAAUCCCCCUCUUUAAGGGACCUACAAACACUAGUGUUGGGACAUUCUUGCUGUUCAGAUGUCUAGCUGACGUCUGAUGCUUAAAACGGAGCAUGCUUUCAUCCCUUCCUGCAUUGUCGUAAGCCCCCGAUGAUUACUCUUAAAAGGGUGCCUCAGCUACACAGGCAAACAGUUGCUGACCAAAUGAGACAUAGCUUGCUUGCUCCAGCCUUCUUGAAUGCCUAGUCAGUUCAGGUUUGUACCAGUCUGACCAAGCUGGGACCAUGUCUACCUUUGGCUACAGAAGAGAGCUCAGUAAAUAUGAAGACAUUGAUGAAGAUGAGCUCCUUGCUUCUCUCACUGAAGAGGAGCUGAAGGAGCUAGAGCGAGAGCUGGAGGACAUAGAGCCUGACCGUAAUCUUCCGGUGGGUCAACGGCAGAAGAGUCUGACUGAGAAAACACCGACAGGGACAUUCAGCCGGGAAGCACUAAUGGCCUAUUGGGAGAAUGAGACCAGAAAACUCUUAGAAAAAGAGAGGUUGGGUGCAUGUGACAAGGACUCUGAGCAAGAAGACAACAACUCAGAAGACAUUCAAGAAGAAUAUUUCACAGAAAGCAAUAGCGAAGUAUCUGAGGAGGCAUAUACUGAAGAGGAGGAGGAUGAUGAAGAAGAAGAGGAGGAGGAAAAUGAAGAUGACAGUGAUGACGAGGAUGAUGAAAAGCAAAAUGCUGCAGCCAGUGAAAGACCUGAGCAUGGCAAAAGUUCUGACCACAUCAGACACAGAAAGUGUAAUGGUGCAAAGGGUGGUGAAAACUUACUCAAUGGCCACAACGGAAGAGACACCGAUAGUACGAGUUUAAAAGGCAGUGCCAUUCACCCUUGUGGAAAUCCAACAGUUAUUGAGGAAGCUUUGGAAAAAGUUAGGAGCAAUGACCCUGACACCACAGAUGUCAAUCUAAACAACAUUGAAAACAUCACUUCACAGAUGCUUAUACAAUUUUCUCAAGCCCUGAGGGACAACACAGUGGUAAAGUCAUUCAGCUUGGCUAACACCCAUGCUGAUGAUAGCGUUGCGAUAGCUAUUGCUGGCAUGUUAAAGGUAAAUCAGUAUAUCACUAGUCUGAAUAUUGAGUCAAAUUUUAUCACAGGCAAAGGAGUGCUGGCCAUCAUGAGAGCUUUGCAGAGCAACAAUGUUCUAACGGAACUGCGGUUCCACAAUCAAAGACACAUCAUGGGCAGCCAGGUGGAAAUGGACAUAGUAAAACUGUUGAAAGAGAACACCACUCUGGUCAAGCUUGGAUAUCACUUUGACCUCGCUGGGCCAAGAAUGAGCAUGACAAGUAUCCUGACAAGAAACAUGGAUAAACAAAGGCAAAAGCGGAUGCAGGAGCAGCGGCAACAAGAGUCUGGUUGUGAUGGAGCCAUCAAUCCAAAGACCAAAGUCUUGCAGAAAGGGACACCUCGGUCUUCACCUUAUGUGUCUCCCAAGAGCUCACCUUGGUCCUCUCCAAAGCUCCCUAAGAAAGUACCGCCAGUGAAAAACCAGCCUUCAGCUCCUGCACCCCCACCUCCCCCUCCACCCCCACCUCCUCCUCCUCCUCCUCCUCCUCCCCCCCCAGUUAUUCCAGAGAAGAAGGCACCAACCAGGAAUAUAGCUGAAGUCAUCAAACAGCAAGAAAGCGCAAAAAGAGCCUUACAGAAUGGACAGAAAAAGAAAAAAGGCAAAAAGAGCAAAAAACAUGAGAACAGCAUAUUGAAAGAAAUUAAAAAUUCUCUAAGAUCAGUCUCAGACAGAAAAUCAGAGGAAGGUUCACAGCCCUCCACCCGUCCCUCCACCCCACAAAGGUCUCUCCAUGACAACCUUAUGGAAGCAAUUCGGGCAAGCAGCAUAAAGCAAUUAAGGCGGGUGGAAGUGCCAGAAGCCCUUCGGUGAAAGCCUGGACAACAGAAGCACAGCACUGCAGUUGUCAAGGGGAGGCUACUCAUCUGUUCACUGAUGGUAAUAUAGACUGUGUAGCAAGCUGCUUCCAAAGUACACCCUUAGAUUCAAACCAUUUCUCUUUUAUUUCAAAGAAAAAAAAGAACAACCAAACUGCUAAAUAUCAAACAAUGCUUUAAGGAUCCAUUUGCCUUUUAAUCUGUAAAUAUGGAAGUAAUUUUCUUUUUUUUUUUAUUUAAUGAGAUUUCUAUGGAGGAAAUGCUGCUUAUUUAGAUAU